AUGGCGGCAUUUGAAAAAACAGGCCUCUUUCCUGUCGACCCAGCGCCGGUGAUCACCAAGAUCCUCCACGAGCAGCUACGACAACAGCAGCCGAUCAAUCCUGCAUACGCCUCGCUCCUACCCUCGGAGACGCGUUUCCAAGUCGCCGCGGAUGCCCUCAAUGAUAUCCGGCAACGUGAACACCGAGUCUAUCGCGAUGGCGUCACAUUCCAGGGCAUAGUCAGCGAUAAGAAUAGCCGAACCCAGGCGUAUGCGAAUCGAAUGAAGAGAGGCAAGAUUGUCAGGCCGCGCGGAGAGUUUAUCACGAGCUCCAGCAUGGCCGACAUCACCCGGGAGUAUGAGGAGCUCCAGGCAAAGCAAACCCGGCUUCAAACGCGCCAGGAGAUAAGGAUGCAUCUUAAACGAGUUCGUGGAGAGAUGCAGAAGAUCCGAGAAGACUAUAAAGUCGGGAAGAAGCAGUUAGUCAAUGGCAGAGUCAAGACAUUGAACUUUAAGCCCGGCUAG